AGCGCGGGGGCCCGCCUCGCCCAGGCCGAUGACCGCGGCCCCCGCGGAAGCGCCAGGCCUGGCGCGACAGGCUUGGGGACACCCGAGCCGCUGCCUGACCGCCGGGAGGCCAGAGGACUUGCGGCCGAGCCCUUUGCGGAGGGGCGGCGGCCCCCCGGGGAGUGGCGAGGUCCCGGUCUAAGAAGCCCGGCACCACCUCGGCCGCCUGGGCGCGCAGGGAGACGGUCGGAGGGGCUGAGUAACCUGCCCGCGGGCGCACAGCCUCCCUUGGGUCGGGGGAGGCGGUGGCGGGCCUGGUGCGCGCUCAGCGCUGCGCCCUUGCGGUGACUUGGCAUGCGUCCCCUCCGCGGCCCAGGGACUGUGCAGCCUGGGACGUAGUUAAGUGUGCAGUAUUUGCUGCAAGAUGAGCGAUGCUAACCACCCUUAGGUGUGCGGUGCGCUGCGCGCUCUGCUCACCUCUCCUGGUCUCUAGUCGGGAAGGAAAGGCGUGGUGGAGGAAUGAGAACUUUCAGGCGGGUGGGGGCGCGGGGCCGGGACGCGCGACCUUUGCUGCAGCCGCAGGAGGAUGGUAGGACUUCUGGAGUCUGUCCCUGCGCGCCCCGCGCACCUCAGGUGUGGGACCCGGCCGAGUGCGCGGCCGCUUGCACAUCGAUGGGUAGAGUGUUGCAUACUUUCUUGCUGGUUCCAGCCACAGCGCCUUCCUCCAUCCUGCUCAGAGUGUGACUCCAAAAGGCUGCGCUCUGUUCAUCUACACUUCGUCUUCUCCUUUAAGCGUUUUCUUUUUUAACGUGAGUAUGUCUAUUGAUAUGUAACACGCCUACGGAAAAGUGCACAAUUUAUAAGCACACAAUUUAACCAAGUGAACACCCGGUGUGACUGCCAAGAGUUUAGAACAUCAAAGCCCCGGGAGACCCGGAAACGCACCCUCUUCCAGCCCCUCACUCAGUCCCCAAGGGUAAGGCCUCUGUCAGAGGGGACUGCCUUGGCCUUUUUGGAGCCUCCCUAAAUGGAGCCACACGCUGUCCUUUUUCCUGUCCUUCGCUCACCACUGUGCUUGUGAGUCCUUCAUGUGGCGCGAAGCAGCCACAGCAGUUCAUCCUUUUCAUUGCUGUGUAGUGAUCCAGGAGUAUAUUUACUCCAACCAACUUGUUCUACAAUUGAAGGGCAUUUGGGCCCCUCUGUUUUUUGGCCAUCAUGGGUACUAGACUUGGGGCGUCUUUGCUGGGUCUUGUCUUCCAGCGCCUGUACCCCACCACGCCCCAAAUUAGCUCGGUCAAGUCCCAGUGGCCCGUCUCUGCAGCCUGUGACACAGGUCCCUUGAGGCCAUCUACCACCUGGCUUCUGAGACACCUCUCGGCCUUUCCUUUGUCACAGUGUCCCUUCUCAGUCUUCUUGGGUAGAUUCUGCUUAUUUCCAACUCCAGACAGAUGCUGGAGCACUUCAGGGUGCCGGCCAUGCCGCUGCCCCAUCCCUGUCCACACUGGCUCCCCAGGGCAGCCAUCUCACCCAGGCUUAUGGCUCUUUUACAUGGGGAUACCUGCAUGGUGACAACUCCAGACAACUCUUGUCCCCCUGCCACUCAGCUUCAGCACGUGGACAUCUAAAAGGCAUCUGAAAUUUAACACCUCAUGUAUAUUAAUAAAACCAACCUUAAGCUUCCCUUCCCCCACAAUCUUAGCACUUGAAAGUCCUUCCUCUGCUUCUUAGCCCACAGGCAAACUUCUCUGCCUGGCUUUCAUGAUGCACCCCAGAUCUGCCACUCAUCAUCCUCUCCAGCUCCACCUCGGCCUGAGCUUCCAGGAAGCCCCUUCCGACAGUGGCCUGCGUCCUCUUCUUGCUCUGUGUCAGCCAGACCUGCCUCGUUGGCUCUUCACACCCUUGGGCCUUUGCACUUGCUCUUCCUUCUGUUUCCGUGUAGCUGUUCUGUGUCGCACUUUCUGCAGCCUCUGCUCCAGUGUCGCCUCCUAGGUGGUCUUCCCCAACCACUUCCUAUUCUAUUCUUGCAUGGUCCGUGACUGUCUGGUGUACUGGCUGACUCCUUGCUCUAGAUUGUAGGUUUCAAGAGGGUGGGGUCACUUCCCCUCCUGCUUCCCCACACAGGAGCAGGAAUGGAGGCCUGCCUGGCAGAUGUGGCUCUGGAAGCACCUCACUAAGGCUCUGGACACGUUCAUGGUAUCAGGUAUCCUGCUAAGGAUGCUGUCAAGAGCCACGAUGGAAGCCUCCCGACAUGGAAGGAUGUGUCCUGUUAAAACACGGGACAAGGCUAUUGAGUCUUCCAGGCUGUCCAGUAAAAUGCCGGGCAAGGAUGCCAAAGGUCCCUGGGACCCUGAAGGUGUAUGUUUAGCCCCACAAGUCCCUCGUGCCUCCUUGCUUUGCUGUGCCCCCAGGUUCCCGUUCAGCCGCCCGGAGCUGCUGAAGGAAUGGGUGCUGAACAUCGGCCGGGGCGACUUCGAGCCCAAGCAGCACACAGUCAUCUGCUCCGAGCACUUCCGGCCCGAGUGCUUCAGCGCCUUUGGGAACCGCAAGAACCUCAAGCACAACGCAGUGCCUACAGUGUUCGCCUUCCAGGGCCCCCCACAGCUGGUGAGGGAGAACAUGGACCCUACUGGCCGGAGUGGAGACGCCACCUCUGGGGAGAGAAAGGUCCUCCCUGAGCCGGCAUCCGGGGAGUGUGGCCUGGGGAGGAACAUGGACACUGAAGCUGAAGCGCUGCAGCUGCCCCCUGAGGUUGGAGGCCCAGGAGCACAGGUCCCGCCACACACACCAGAAGCCUCUGGGGUCCCUGGUCAGCCAGCUAGCCCCCCAGAGCUGAAGAGGCGCCUCCCCACACAGCCAUCCGAUCACAGCUAUGCCCUUUUGGACUUAGACGCCCUUAAAAAAAAACUCUUCCUGACUCUGAAGGAGAACGAAAAGCUCCGCAGGCGCCUGAAGGCCCAGAGGCUGGUGAUGCGGAGGAUGUGCAGCCAGCUGCGUGCACGCCUUGCGGGGCGGCCAGGACUCCAGGCCAGGCCUCGGCUGGGGCAGCAGAGCUGAGCUGCCUGCUGGGCCCUGUUGUCUGAGCCUCUGAGAGGAGGGGCCGUGGUCUCCAGACUCUGGCUGUGGACCUUUUGGUCCCACUUUGACCCUCAGGCCAGCACCACCUCAGGUGGGAGUGUGGUGGCCCCAGGCGGGGAGGAGGCUGGGGCCCUGAAGAGGACACCUUGGCUCUCCCUUCAGGAGGUGACAGCCCAGCUGCCUCUCUAGCACAAGCUGGGUGAGCAUCCUUGGAAUCACCCCGGGCCAGUGUGGCAGACCAUGUCCUUGAGGGGCAGGUGGGCCCCGGUUGGGGUGGGGGGAUGUGGGGCGCUAGCUGACCCUAAGGCAGCGAGGUGUCCCCUCCAUCACCUGGACGGUUGGCUCUGUCCCAGGAGUACCUCUCUGCACGGCCAGUAUGAGUGAGCAACGUAAUAAAGUGUCUUCCUACCCCGU